CAUUGAUGCAGUCUUUGCCCACUGCGCAUGCGUGCUGCCAAAUCUCGCCCUCCUGUCCACUAGGUGGCGCUGCCUGUUGAUGCUUGUGUUGGUGCCGGUGCUUGUAUUUCACAUGUGACAUUGACAUCAACGGAGGCUCAAUGAGGCUGACCACUUUCCUGUCGAUGGCAGCCAGGGUUGUUAUACCUAAAGAUUACCGCUUCGGCACCAGCAGGCCGUGGAUGCCCGCUGCUAAGAAGCAGAAUGCUCCGGGGAAGAAGAGGAAAAAAGUGUUCGUGGAGCGGAUAGCGCCAGAGGACUGGAAUGUUUUCAGAGGGGACACGGUUGAGAUUCUCGCAGGGAAGGACAAAGGAAAGCAAGGAAAAGUGAUCCAAGUCUUUAGACGCAGAAACUGGGUUAUCCUGGCUGGACUGAAUACACAUUACAGGUACAUUGGAAAAACUGAGGAUUACCGUGGGACCUACAUGGCCAGUGAGGCGCCCCUCCUGCUCCACAAUGUCGCCCUCAUUGACCCCUCAGACAGGAAGCCCACUGAGGUUGAGUGGAAGUUCACAGAGGAGGGUGAGAAAGUCCGAGUGUCUGUCAGGACGGGUCGAAUCAUCCCGCAGCCUGUUGUGGAGCGGCGAGAUGGCAUUGUGCCGCAGCAGUGGAAAGAUGGUCCCAAAGACACAAGCCCAGAAGACACUUUAGCGAAGACCUAUAUGCCAUCUCUGAAAACCCUGGAGGAGGAAGUCAUGGAGAAAAUGGGUAUUCAGGAGAACAGGAGACCCCGAAGGUCGUACUGGUACUGAUCGGAGAAAUCAGAGACCCUCGGACCCCCUCAUCGUGCUGUUCAGUUUCACAAGGCCUCUGGAGACACCUUGUUUCUAUCAGGCAGAAUUACAUGUUAAAAAGAGACCCCGCAUGGAUGACAUGAGUAAAGCCGAUAGACUGUAAAACACUGGUACAGCAUAUACAUGAUAACAGACCUGCAGCUGAAAGGUUUCCUGAAUGUGUACAGUUUCAUUCAUUCUUUACUUACAGUUUGUAUUAUGUUUUUUUUCUUUGUUAGUGUGAGUAAAUGUCACAUGUAAACCGA